AUGAUAAAAAAUACUAAUAAAUCAAAGUGCACUAUUAAUCAAUUUUUUUAUAAAAUAAAUGAUAUUAUUAAUAUAACAAUAUUAGAUGAAAUAAAUAUUAGAAAUAAUAAAUAUUAUUUUUUAAAAAUAAGUACAAUUAAUGAUAAAGAAAAAUUUCAUGUGAGUUGGAAUUUUAACAUAAACAGAGGCAAGCAAACAGACAAAUGGAAGUACAACAAUAUAAUAUCAGAAAUUAUAUGCUCAUUUAAUAUAAAUUCAUCAAUCUUUAAAUUACAACCAAUUGUACUUACAAAUUUAAAGUCAUUUUUGUUUUAUGAUUAUAUUAUUUUUUUAUCUUUUAAAAAGUAUCAAAAAAUCAUUGUUCAUAUAGAGAUAAAUCAGAAACGAGUUCUAAGUGUGUCAAAAGAUGCUUCAUCAAAGAAACAGUUCAAUCAAAAUAAAUUUACAAAAAUUAUUGCUUAUGUAUUUAGUAAUAAAAUUAAUUUCUAUAAUGAAUGGUAUUUCAUUGAAAAAGAUAAUUAUUUCACUGAUACUUUAAAAUUAUCCGAUUAUUCUACCUCUAUUACGAUACAAAAUAAAACUAAUGAAAAUAAAACUGAUAAGAAUAUAUUCUUAUAUCUUUUAUCACUACCUCCAAUUGAUAUGGUGUGUAAUAUUAACAAAUUAAAAAACACAAAAACAAUAUUAUGUAAAACGUGGACUAAAAAAAGUUUGAUAAUACAAUCAAAAUCAAGAUACAUAAAUAGAUAUUCACAAAAAACUUUUAAAAUAUGGUGUUUAAUAUUAGAAAAAGAAGAAUUAUUAAAUAAUAAAGAUUAUAAAGAAUUACAUAUAUUUUUACAUGACAAUUUGAGUGAAAAUUUAUUUAAAAAAGAUAUUUUUUUAUUUUUUAUACAAUAUGUCAAGAAAAAUUAUAUAAAUAUAUAUAAAUACAACUUUUUUAAACAAAAAUUAAAAAUGGGCAGACAUCCAAUAACAUUUAUUUUAAUAAAUUGUUCUAAUAAAGAAUCAUUUCCAGUAACUAUAAAAAUUUAUAAUUUAUAUAAUGUAUGUAUAUUUGGGAAAUUUUUAAUUUGUCAAAUUAUUACAAAUAACGUUCAAAUUGCUGAAGAGAUUAUUCAUCUUGUCAAAAAAUAUGAAAGAAAAAAAAAGUUUUUUGAUUCUUUAUUUAAAAUACAUGCAUUUGAAGAGAAACUUUAUGAUAAUGAAAUAAAUACUAAUUUUAUGAAUAAUAUUUACAUAAAAUUAAAAAAAUAUGACUCAUCAAAAUUGUUAAAUGAUUUAAAAAAUAUUCAAUUAAAAAAAUUACCUUAUCAUUAUAAUAAAAGAUUACAAAGACAUUUUAAAAGAAAUAUUAAUACACCAGAAAGGACAAAGAUAAGUAGAAAUUUAUCAGAAUCAGGUGCAAAUACUAUUUUGGUAGCUUAUGAUGUAUUAUUAAAUAAAAAUCAAGAUAUAGCUGAUGUAUAUUUACAAAAUAUAGAUGAUAUUAUAAAAGUUUUUUGUCAAGAUCAAAAUAUUGAGGAUGAAAAAAAAGCAACAGGUGGUUUAUAUACAUUUAUUCAAACUCAAAUUGUUAUUGUAAAUAAUAAUACUAUUAUUUAUCAAAAUAUGACAAUGGCUGGUUCUGAUAAAUAUAUGUUUUCAUUAAGUAAAGAUUUUUAUAGUUUAAUUUAUCAAUUUUAUUGUGGAGUUAAUUCAAAUGAUGUUUGUGAAAAAAUUUGUAUUGGAACAAGUUUAAUUGGAAUUGAUGGAAUAGAGAUAAAUAUUUAUUUUAGGCAAAAAUUAUUUUCUACUAAUAAUUUACUUGCUUCAUAUAACAAUUUAGUUUCAGAUUUAAGACAUGUUUAUUUAAUUGAUAAUUUAUCUGGAUCAUUCUUAAAUAUUCCACCAUAUACUAUAUGGAAUGCACAGAUACCAAUACAUAAUUAUAGCCCAAGUAAUUAUUAUAGUUGUAUGUUAUAUAAAACAUCAUCAUGGGAUAAUUUUAAUUCAUGUACCACAAAUGAUUAUGCAUAUUCAUUAGAAAAUAGUACAAGAAAUUUAAUUAAUUGUACCUGUUCAGGAAAUGGAAUUAUUGGUGUUUUUCAUGUACCACCACCUAAACCAAAACCAUACUCAAUUUAUCAAGAAAUAUUAUUAUAUUUUAAAUUAUCUUCCCCCGUUAAAUGUGAUCCAAUUAAAUUAUCUAAAUUUUUUUCAUCUUUAUCAUCACUUGUAUCAGUACCAAUAAAUCGUUUUAUCAAAGAACAAUGUUCUAAAAAUUCAUUUAAUGAUACUAUAUCAAUAAUUUUACGUCCUCUUAUGAAAGAUAAUGACCAGUCUAAUGCUUAUAUUAUACAAAGUAUUCAAAGAUUAAUAAACAAUCCAAAUGGGUUAAUAUUCAGCGAUAAGAUAAAAAUCUUAUCAGUAUAUCCUAAUGUUAUAAAUAGAAAUUUAACAAAUGAUGGUAAUGCCAGACAGGUACAUAUAACAAUUGACAAAAAAUUUGAAGAUGUUGUUUUUAAUGAUACAUUAUUAAUAAAUAUUUGGAUAAAAGAAAUUAGUGAUUCAUUAGGAAUAUCACAAUAUAGAAUUAAGGAUCCAAAAAUUUUUAAAGGAAUUAUAUUUGAAUUUACAAUAACAAUACCAUUUGAGGGUGAGAUAUCAUUAAUAGGGCAGAUAUUAUCUGCAGAGGAAUUAUCACAAAUUCUCCUUGAACAAACUACAUAUAAUGAAUUAAUUUUAAAAGAUUUACAUGAUGAAAUUUUACCAAUAAAAAAAAUGAAACAAAAUGAUAUAAUUGAAUUAGUUGUUCUUUAUCAAGCAUCACCAUUACUUAUAAUUCUUGGUAGUGUUAUUGGAGGAUUAUUAUUAAUAACAAUAUUUGGAGUAUUAGGACUUGUUAUAUUAAAAAUUCGAAAUGAUAAAUUGAUUGCAGCAGCAUCUAACAAUGGUAUUGUAACAGUUAAUCUUAAUAAUAUGACUAGAACAACAGUUACACCAACACCACAAACAGUAUUUGUUGAUCAAAACUCAAUAGUUUGA